AAGAAAGAAAGAAAGAAAGAAAGAAAGAAAGAAAGAAAGAAAGAAAGAAAGAAAGAAAGAAAGAAAGAAAGAAAGAAAGAAAGAUCAUCUGACUGAAAGAUAGAUUAUCAGACUGAAUAAUCAUAGGGACCCUCUUGUUGGGAAGAAGCUAUUAUGUGAGGUACAAAUUGAUCUUUUUAAAUGGACAAAGACUGGUUCUCCUGCAUCUCAAUUACAGUAUGACUGUAUUUCUCAGAAAAUGCACAGCCUCCAUUGCCAGCACCUCACCAAUCCCGACAUUCCCAGCUGUUGCCUUGGGGCUCCAGCCCUUGGCUCAUAAGGGCCUUUGGUCCUCUGUAUCAGCAUCAGCUGCCUUGGUGGAUUCUUCUCCAAUCCAAGUCCUCUCUGGCUCUUCAUUUGUCUAGUACUAUGAAGACACUCCUGAGCACAUGCCUCCUAUUGGCCUUCUUUUCUCCAGUGGCAUCACUGAUAUGUAUGAAAUGUCUGGGCUUUGCAAAAGGGACAUGUUAUCCGCUUGGAACUGAAACAUGUCAAGCUGAUGAAAUAUUCUGCCUUUCUUUCAAAAUGAGAAAUCCAACGGCUCUUCUCUUCGAAUUCUCCCUUAAGUCUUGUGCCCCAAAAGGGAUUUGUAAAGAAGGCAACUUCUCCUCCACUACAGCACAGGACAAACAUUUUCAAUCAGUAAUGAAAUGCUGCAAGACACACCUUUGCAACAAAGACCCUAUUGAGUUGCCGCCACCAAAUAUGACUUCCAAUGGGCUCCGGUGCCCAGCCUGCCUUUCCAUGGGUACAAGUCAUUGCCAGGCGAAGACAAUGGCCAAAUGCGUUGGUAAGGAGACUCGAUGCUUCAAUGGAUCUGGUUUUGCCAAAAUCAGUCUUGCAGGUUUUCCAUUAUUCACUUUUCAACAAAAGAUCGCUUUCCAGGGCUGCGUUACACCAACAUCAUGCAAGUUUGAAGCGCCGGUAACAUUAUCCACCAGCAUAACAACAAUUAGCAUCGACAAAUUUAAAUGUAGCAACGCCACCAAGGCCAGAUUCCACCUCGCAGAUUCCACCAUUUCUGGGAGCAGAGAAUGAAGUGGGAGACCUCCUGACUUUUCUUCUCAGCAAGGGAGUGAAAAGAGAGCAGAGGAAACUGGGGCAGAAAUUUGGGAUUGGAGUAAGUUUUCACUGAAUUGUAACCAAAAUAAAUUGAUAUUUGCAAACCAUAUCCAUGUUCUUUGUGAGGAUUUACGAAAUGGCCAGUCUGUUGAAGGAGACGAUGGUGUUUCUUGAGGGAAGGAAUCACAGUCAUGCAAAUUUCGAGUAGCAUG